AUGAUUAAAAAUAAAGAACAUUGGAUCUAUGGAACUGCUGUUAUGCUUGCUUCACUUGGUGUAUUCAAAUAUGCUAAGAAAUCUUAAUAAUUUAAAUCAAAAUAUAAAAUAGAAUUCAGUCUCCUUCAUCUACAAUACUUGAUUAUAAUAAGAAACCAGCUGGUAUUGUUAAUAAUGGAAAUACUUGUUUCUUAAAUUCAAUAUUAUAAAUAUUAUAAAUUUCAUAAUUAGUGUCCUUAAGUUAUUAACCCAAUUUCAUUGAAUAUUUGUUUGAAUUAGUAACACAUAUAAAUGGAUAAACUACUUUAGCAUAAUAAAUCUGUUUAGAAUUAGCUAAAAUUAUGA